GAAAAUACACAGAGCGAUGAGCAGAGACGUGGAGAAGAGGAUUCUCAGCAAUCUCCAUGGCCACAAAACUCGAACUCGACUAACUCAGAUUCACGCCCAUAUACUUCGCCAUUGUCUCCAUCAGUCCAACCAAGUCCUCGCCCACUUCACCUCCGUUUGUGGCCUACUAAACAAAAUGUUCUAUGCAGAAUCCAUCUUCCAGCAAACAGAAAAUCCAAACAUCCUCUUGUUCAAUUCCAUGAUCAAAGGCUACUCUCGUUUCGGCCCAUUCGAGAACUCACUUCAUUUCUACUCGCUCAUGAGAAGCCGUCUUAUUUGGCCCGAUGAAUACACUUUUGCUCCUCUACUCAACUCUUGUUCUAAUCUUUCUGGAUUUCAGGUUGGCCAAGGUGUUCAUGCAGAGACCAUUUCUCUUGGGUAUGAACGCUUUCCAGCAAUCAGGAUCGAAAUACUUCAACUUUACACUUCACAAGGGAAUAUGAACGACGCACGUAAGGUGUUCGAUGAAAUGCUUCACAGAGAUGUGAUUGUUUGGAAUAUAAUGAUUAAUGGUUUUUGCAAGAAGGGUGAUGUUGAAACAGGGCUGCAUUUGUUUAGGCAGAUGAAUGAACGAAGUGUUGUCUCUUGGAAUUUAAUCAUCUCUAGCUUGGCUCGAAAUGGUCGUGACAAAGAAGCUUUGGCUAUUUUUCUCGAAAUGCAGGAUGAUAACAACUGCUAUGAACCUGAUGAUGCGACUUUGGUUUCGAUAUUACCAGUUUGUGCACGUCUGGGUGCAGAUGCAAUAGAUGUUGGCCAGAAGAUCCACUCGUAUGCAGAGUCGAGCAAACUAAUCAAUAAGUUCAUUAAUGUAGGGAAUUCCAUAGUGGAUUUCUAUUGCAAAUGUGGAAAUCUUGAAAAGGCUUUCAUUGUUUUCAAGAAAAUGAAACAAAAGAAUGUUGUUUCUUGGAAUACGAUGAUUUCGGGUUUAGCUUUGAACGGUGAGGGUGAACAAGGGGUAGACUUGUUUGAGGAGAUGAUAUCGAAAGGGGGUGUUGCCCCAAAUCAUUCAACUUUUGUGGGUACUUUGACAUGUUGUGCCCAUUCAGGGUUGGUGGAAAAGGGUUUGGAUUAUUUUGGGUCAAUGAUUGUUAAGUAUGAAGUUGAACCGAAAAUAGAACAUUAUGGAAUAAUGGUUGAUCUUCUUGGGCGUGUAGGGAGAGUUAAGGAGGCUUAUGAAGUGAUUAGAAGUAUGCCCAUGAAGGCAAAUGCUGCAAUAUGGGGUGCUUUGCUUAGUGGUUGUCGAACUUAUGAUAAUCUGGAUAUUGCUGAAUUUGCGGUUAAGGAACUUAUUGAAAUUGAACCAUGGAAUUCUGGGAAUUAUGUAUUGUUAUCUAAUAUGUUGGCAGGAAGAAAUGAAUGGGAUGAGGUGGAGAAGGUCAGAUUGUUGAUGAAGGAAAAUAGCAUCUUGAAAGCUGCAGGGCAGAGCAUCAUGAUGUGAGAUUCAAAUAUGUCUUCUUGAUUACUUUCAUGUCCUUAAUUGCCAAAUGUAACUAUUUAUUCUUUAUUUAUUUUAAUAAAAAUAUUUAUUUUGAAAAACAAUUUUUUUUUUUUAUAGAGUUUUGA